AUGGAAAUCACUGGCUCUCCCUAUCCCGCCACGCUCUCGCCGAGAAAGGCCAAUCUGAACCUGAAGGUGAACAUGCCUAACGGGACAUACUUCCAGGCCGCACCAACACCGAUUCCUCCGCCGGAUUCCACGAGGCCUGGCCUCGCGCGUAACGCCACGACAUUCACCGACCUCGCGGCGCCGAACGAUGCGACUACCAAACUCACCGAAGCGAUCGACGACUUUCUAGGCGAUCUGGAGAAGAAGUUCAAGGGAAUCAGCGAUGAGAUAUUGACGAAGCUGGACGACAUGGCUGAACGAUGCGACCGGUUGGAGCAAGAGAUGCUGCUUAGGGAUGCAAGCACUGUGGAGAACGUUGGAAAGGCUCAGGCGGGACCCGCGGCUGGUUCGAUAUGA